AAUUUUUCCGGGCGUGCAGAUGUGUUCGGAAAAUGCGGCGGGGCCGGAGAGAGAUGAGGUGGAUAUAGAGUUCUUGGGGAAUAGAACAGGGCAGCCUUACCUUGUACAGACAAAUGUGUACAAGAACGGAACCGGUGGCCGUGAAAUGCGACACGCUUUGUGGUUCGAUCCGACUCACGAUUUUCAUACUUAUUCCUUUCUUUGGAACAAUCACCAAUUAGUGAUCUUCGUGGAUAAAGUUCCGAUUAGGGUUUACAAGAACGCAAACUACACGAACAAUUUCUUCCCGAACGAGAAGCCAAUGUACUUAUUCUCGAGCAUAUGGGACGCCGAAGACUGGGCCACGAGGGGCGGCGCCGACAAGACGGACUGGUCGAAGUCGCCGUUCGUUUCUUCCUACACGGACUUCACGGCCGACGGCUGCCGGUGGGAGGAUCCUUUCCCGGCGUGCGUGUCCAACACCGCCGAUAACUGGUGGGACCAGUAUGACACGUGGCACCUUUCAGAUGAUCAGAAGAAAGAUUAUGCAUGGGUGCAGAGGAAUCUUGUCGUGUAUGAUUAUUGUAAGGAUACUAAGAGGUACACUACGUUGCCAGAAGAAUGCUGGAUUAGCCCUUGGGAAUGAGUUGACUCAAUAGAAUAUUCUUUUUCUUUUUUUUUUUUUU